AUGAUUUUCAACGCCUGUCGGGAAAUGUAUUUGCGGCUUUACCAAAAAGAGUGUAUUGGCGGAAACUCUCUUUUAGCGUUAAACACUUCGCUGGACCUCGCCAAUGACUUCGCCCUCGGCAGAGUCCGCCAAAACCCCAUAAGGGCCUGGGCCAACGUCCUCAAGGACAAGGACCACAAGGAGCACAAGCUCAAGUUCAAGCGACAGGCAAGCGGCUCGCUGGCUGGCUAG